CGUCACGUGGCACGAAGGCGGAAGCUGUCACAUAAACAUAAACCUCUCGUUUUUUUAUGUUUUCACUCUAUUUUAAUUAUAUUGCUGCCCAUUCAGAAUGUCGUCUGGUCAUGCAAAAGAUUUAGGCUUUCUAGGAGGAAGGGUGCCUCCGGAAAUCGAGUCAAUGUCAAAAAAUCUGAAGGAUGUGGAUCAAGAUCUGUUUAGAAAACUACUGAAAGCUGUGGUUAGUGCUCUGGAGGGGAAGGACUGCCGAGAGGCCAUGAAGUCGAUAGCAGAGACUACAGUCAUCUCACAAGAGAGGCUUAGCCAUGUCAUAGCAGGGAUGCACAGAGUGCUCUCUGAAGCCACUCGCAUCCCUGCAGCGUUACUCAAACAGGAGGCCUUCAAAGAAGAUCUAAGAGAGCUGAGGAUACCUGAAGACUUUAUCACAGAUUUCUGCAGUGUGGUUUUUGGGAACCGUCGAGCGGUUCUGGAGGCAGCUUCUCUGCAGAAGGAUCCUCACCUUCCCACAGUGGACGAGUUUAAAUGGAGAGUGGAUGUCGCUAUUUCUACAAGCUCUUUAGCCCGAGCCCUGCAGCCUUCUGUUCUAAUGCAAAUGAAACUGUCUGACGGGAAGUUUCACCGCUUUGAGGUCCCGGUAUCUAAAUUCCACGAGCUCCGCUACAACGUGGCUCUAAUCCUGAAAGAGAUGAAUGACCUGGAGAAGAGGAGCAUUCUGAAGAUCCAAGAUUGAUCAGCUUCAUCAAGACCUGAUCUGUUGGGAGUUUGGGACUUUAUUUUGAAAUUUCUUCUCUGUUGAUGCAGACAUUUCUAUGACUGAUUCCAAAAAUGAGUGAAUGUGUUUCUGUCUUUGUAUUAAAGUCAUAAUCAAAUGUUGUUUUUUCGUGAGUUAAUUCAAAAAAGCCUAACAGGUGUCUUAACAUUUAGAAGUUUGUGAUUCUGUAAAUCAACUGUAUCUUAAAAAGGCGUAAAAUAUUUUAUAAAUCAGCUCAAAUGUCAGUGUUCACAUGAAUUAUUCUGUGUGAUUUUUUUUUUAACUAAUUAAUAUCUGCACAUUUGCUAUGUUUAAAAAGAUUAGACCAACUCAGAUUUUAAACUAAAAAAACACCAGGGAAAAUAAUUUGACAGGUUAUUCAUUUUUCCUGCCAACCAAAUAUCAACAUCUCGUGUUGAAGAUAAAAUCCUGCCAUUUUUAAAACCCUAAAAGAACCAAAACAGACUGAGAUUGUUCUGUUUAGUAGUAUUUUAUUUUUUUUUUACAUAAAAUUCAUUCAAACAGC